CGCGCUUGGCAACGGAAACUUCCGUUCAGUACGCGAAACUUGCCGACCACACGGCUACUUCUCCACUCCACUGCCUACCUGCUAGACUCCUUAGCAGUCAAGUACAUUCUGAGGAAAACGCCAGAUAUCCUAUUGGUUCUGACGAUGGCCUUCUCUCUUCUGCCUUUCGACCAACUCAACGUCAAGCAAUUACAGAUGGUCGCCGCGCAAAGACGGAGGAACGGUUUUCAUGCUUACUACACCGGCGGAUUUGAUGCCACGAAAAAGCAGUUCGGUUUCAUAACACCCGGGUAUUUAUUGCAAGGCUGUUCUAUCACCACAGUCUUCAUGUAUCCAAGCCCCGGUGGCGCGGCAGGUGGCUCAAGCACAACGUAUAGGACUAACCUUGGUCAGUACAACAAACAUUUGAGGUCUUCAGUGACUCUAACAUUCGAGGGAUAUACCGAUGCGUACGUGGAAUACUGGUACGAAAAUGUGAAACAGUCUGGCUACGACCUUAGCAGCAGAGACAUGAAGGGUUUCCAUGUUGUCCAGUACGAAGUCAACCAAAACGGCCUGCAGGUGAUCGUCGACGGUGAGUCGGUUAUUCCUCCAGGCACCAUCACAGGUGUGGACGAGUACACGGUUUAUUACACCAACAGUAUCUUGGAAUUCGCCCCGUUCGCGUUCUUCGAGGCGCACUACACCAUGGACGACGUGGCAGCCAUUAUCAAUAUUCCUGCCUAUUACAACAGCGAUAAAGACUUCUUUUUUCAUCACGACAACGUAGACAUCUCCGUCGGUGGCUACGCGCUGUGGAAUGGAACGUGGUCACCGGGACAGGAUGUAACGGUGAUAGGCGACGGGCUGGCCGGCGAUUUCUAUGUACCGCAGACGGGAAAGUUGGUGGCACUGGUGAAAGUCUACAGGAACGGGUCCACCUUUUUUUCGGACUCCGACGACCCGUUGACAGCUCCAACAGUGAAGGCCUCGAACAACUGCUUUGGCUUGUAUUCACUGCGUAUCCUUCCGAGUCCACAUAACCUCGUAGAAUUCAAAGCCGCCCUGCAGCGUCUCCUUAUAGGGCUCCAUGGUGGCUGGCUGGCGCUGCUGCCCAAAACUGCACGUCUACGCAUGGCUACUUCCUUCCCUCCGCUACCUGAUCGCUCUCAUAAAAGAGUGCGCACCAAAGAAGUGCUUAAAUUUUAUGCCGAAACGCUGAGAACUUACCCCCUUAUCAAGUAGUCCAAUAUGAGAAAGGAGAAAAAACAACAAGAAUGAUCUCCCCUUUCUUCGUCUUUGAAUGUCUACUUCAAACUAUUGGCCGCAGCUAUAAAGCACCUACACUGGCAAGUGGCGACUUCCUCUUGGAACUUCGUGGCAAAA